UUGAUCACAUUCCCGUCGGUACUCUCACUGUCCCACGCACUAAUCCGCCCUAAUCCCACUACGAUCUUCCAGAAGGGGCACAGUAUCCUGCUUCUGAUGGUUGUGCUACUUAUUACAGCAGAUUUCGUUUUUUUUCUGUAACGGAAUCUUGCAUGAUCAUACUACAAACAAGUUGUAAUUAAUAUGCCGCCUCAAAUGCAUAUCUAGGUACACGUGGGGUUCAUUACAUCCAAGAAAAGCUGAUUUGGAAUCAUACAAGAAAGCUUCAACAAGGAUUCUGCAUGCAAUGAUACCUGUGGUUUAAACCUGGUUAGCUGCUCGUCUGUCAAGGUACGACACAUGUUUGUACAAUUAGCUAUCUUCACGAAAAUAUUACUACUACUUCGAGUCGUGGAAAUGGGUUCCUACAGUUUGAUUAUUGAUUUUGAGGACACCUUCAACACAAAAAGCCCAAGCUCAGCUAUCAACCAAGCUGCAAGCGGUGGCUUUCCGGCUGGAAUUGGACCCCUCCAUCAGAUCUCACGAGCUGGCCUGGUCCUUGUACCGCUUUCCAGAGUACUAUCCACAAGGACAUCUCAACAUCCUUCAGGCCAACAUCAUUAGUAUCAUUGGGCCAGCCUCAGUUCCAAUAUUAAAUAACUGCUUCACGAUUACCACGAAGCCACCGCAUGGCUAAUACGACAUUGCCUUAGUCGGCGAAUUAUCUCUUCGGGUGCCUCUGAACCCCUGUCACAAUGAAUUUCUGUGGUCUGACCGUGCAUAAGAUAUUAGGUUCAUUUUUGAAAAUGUCAUGGUAACCUAUUCUUAUCAUUACUAAAUGUUUGUCAAUCUAAGCCUUGCCCAUAGGACUGCCUGCGUAUCUUUUGACACUCGGUCAAGCAUAAAGUUAUCAGCCGCUGACAACACGAUAUGCUUGAGAAUUUUACAGCCUUUAACUAUUCAAAUCCAUAUCAGAUCCCCCUCUCAAUGGAAGAAGCUACUACGAUAAAGGGAAAGAAAACUGCCGCCAGUGUUAAAUGGAUAAUAUGAUUUUUUGCACAUAUUGUGGAAAGAGUUUCACUCGGAAGGAACAUCUAGAGAGACAUAUACCGAGUCGUAAGUAACAGUGAAUCUCGGUUUGCCCUUUAUAUGAGAGCUGUUUACUGAGAUAUUUGCUCUCUUAUAGAUACAAAUGUAAAGCCGCAUAGGUGCACUUUGUGUCAGCUAUCCUUUCCCAGAAGGUAUUCACAAUCCCGUACGGUUAUUAUGUUCAUGCUUGAGAUCCACUAACUUUUUGAUCUCCAGAGAUCUUCUACAAAGACACCACUCCACAUAUCAUGAAGCAAAAGACCCGAUGGAGCCAUUACCUGGUGGUGUUCCGACAGUCAAUGGCCGAACACCUAUCGCAUGUAUCAAUUGCGCUAGUGCGAAGACCGGCUGUGACAAAAGAGUCCCAUGCUCGAGAUGCGCUGAGAAAAAUCUACCAUGCGCAAGCAGAUAUGCCCGACGUUCGUCAAAAGCUGCAAACCGGGCUUCAAGCUCGCACAAAAAGACACCACAAAUUCAAGAGCCACCGCAUGACCCGAUGGAUCAGGACACAGCACCAAAAGAAACAUUAACGGAGGCAAAAAUCAGUCCCACAGACACUCCUGUAGACCCGCAGUUUACGGGAGUAGCACCAGGAAAGACCGAAUAUUCUGUACAAGAUCUAAAAUUUACAGUUGAUGGCUUCGGACCUUCCCCAGGGGAAACUCUUGGAGGAAUGGAACACUCGAUGUUCGGCAACACAGAUACAAUCAGUGGAAACAUCAAUUACCAAGACCUCAUGACAUGGAGUCACUAUCCCCUAGAUCUUGACAUGUAUUCAAUGGGAUCUGAAUUAUCUGGAAGUCUAGUAACGGCUGGCUUUCUAGAGUCAAGUGAGACCUCCUCAAAUUCAGAUCCAAUAUUUUCUGGGUCACUGCAUCCAUCUCCAGCAAUGUCGCAUACCAAGAGUGCUAGUAUUUCUUCUCAGUCCGAUGCUAAUCGCCAAGCCAAAAUGAUCGAUAUUGCAGUUCCGAUCCUGACAGACAAUAGUGUCGUGGACUUUGAGCUUCUUGUAGCUGCGGAAUCAGCCUGGCCUCUUGCCCGAUGCAAUCCUCGACUAAUCCCAGGGCCUUCAACACGAACAGCCAUAGCAUAUCUCGAGAAUCUGGAACAACAUUCGAAGCACGAUGCCACAUGGGAUUCAUUAGAUCACGACGUGGAACCAGUUGAGCUUCAGUAUGGGAACGGGAUAUCAGUCAUGCCUGUGAGUGCGAGUACCAGGGAUAGGAUAAUUGCCAUCACCCAAAGCUUCCUUCAUACAGCUCUUGAAACUCAUCGAGGAGGUUUGAAGUGCUGGCCAAAAUCUUCAAAUUAUACAAGUCCUGACGGAGGAUUCAAUUUUCUCGUCUUACCCCCAUCAAAUGUGUUGGAAUAUUUUUUGCGAAGUCACGUUCGCAGCUUAGCUCCAUACUAUACUCUGAUUAAUGGUGGAAACCUUGAUCCAAACGAACUAAUGCUGAACAAUCAAACUUCAACUCUGCUUCUCUUGUUGAUGAUAGCCCAUGGUGCGUCGGCUCUUCCAACGGCCGAGGCUAGAUGCUUGACCGCGGGGCUGACCGAGGCUUGUCGUAUAUCCCUUUUCAAGGUAAUUGAAAAGAAUGUCGACUUAUCAGCCGAUCCCGUGGUAUUUAAGUGUGCGCUACUUUUCACAAUACUCGGCGCUUGGGGUGGAGAUGCUUCUCACAUGAAUCUAGCUAUGGCACAACGAGGGAUGUAUCUUGCGGUAAGUUUUACUACAAUCAGUAAUCUAGCUUAUAUUAAUUUGUUUAUCUAGAUGCUCAAGCAUGCCGGAAUGCUAGAACCUCAAAUACCAGUGAAUCCCUCUUUCCACGAAGCCCUGAAUCCACAUGAACAGUGGACAGUCUGGCUUCAGAGGGAAAAGAAAAGCAGGCAAGGCUCCCACUCCCAAUAUCCAAUAUAGCGCAAAGCAACAAAGUCUCAUGUUAUUUUCCAUCGGAUUAACUAUACAAACGCUGACAAUGUCUUUAGGCUAGUUUACAAUUGGGUUAUGGUUGAUCAGGAGCUUAGCUUAUUCCACGACACCGCACCGAUUAUGUCAAUCACAGAGCUUGAGACUCCAAUGCCUGGAUUAGAGUGUCUAUGGCUUGCUAAAGAUGCAAACGAAUGGUCGACAAUUAUCCAACAAACAUAUAUCGGUACUGAUUGGCUGUUACAUUCAAAUCCGGUUGGUACACCACCCGCAGGACCUUCACUUUGUGGACUGUUUCGUGACAUGUUAUCCGAUAAUAUCGAACGCCGACACGGCCAAUUGUCCCCAUUACAAUUGAAGCUCCUUCUCCAUCCGCUUCAUAGCUCAUUAUGUCAUCUGCACCAAGCUUUAAGUUUUCAGUCCGAAGUCUAUAGCUCCCGGCAAGGAACUAGAACUGUUACAAAGGCAUCUAACCUACUACGUCUUCAAGAGGCUCAAUCAUUACUCCAGAAAUGGUAUGACCUGUGCGAACUCAAUGCCAAAAACGACCCGAAUUGUCAAAUAACUCGAGCCAACCUCGUGCUAUACCAUCUUAUAAGCUUGAACGCGGUGACACUCUUCCCAGACAUUGAGCGCCUAGCACGAAAGGAGGAUUUUGAUGGCACAAGCUUUGAGCUUUCUCAACGUUACAAACGGUGCAUAUACAAUCCAGCAGAAGCUCUUUUUCAUUGUGGACAAGUCAUUCGUCUUGUGACGUCUAUGCCAAAAGAAGGACGUCCGCGCUGGUGGUCAGUGGCUAUCUAUCGUGUUACAAUGAUUUUAUGGCUUGAGUGUGUAGCGCGUGUUGAGACAUAUACACAAAGACUUGAUAAAGGUCCGAUAUUUCCUAUCGAUGCAGUGGCACCAGACCAUCCCUCUGUCAAAUCCUAUCUUUGGAAUGCGGAAGGUACCCCGGUUCUCAGCAAGGCCGAUGGGUACGUGGAGCUUAAUAGGCCCAAUGAUGUUAUGAAUCACUGUAUUUCCUUACUCGACUUUGGGGUCACAUUGCCCAUGCCGGACGGAAUAAGGAGAAAGUUGGUGGCGUUGUCGAGUAAUUGGAACAUGGAAAUUAAACUACAGAAUACAUAGAGUUGGAUUGGCACUUGUUUAGGAGUAACAUGAUUGUAUAUUUGGAGGGAUAGAGUUAUUCUAGCAUUGGAAUUGGGGAGGUCCUGACAUACCAAGUUACUUCAUCUUGUUGUAUCUUUUUGUCACAUAACCCAACUCUGGACAUUUAAGGGGUCUAAGA